GUACCAAACAACUCUUAGAAAAAAUAAACUAAAGCUUCUCUCUCUCUCUACUUUGUGGUAAGAAAACAGAGCAAGUAGAGAUAUCUUUCUCUUUCUCGCUCUUUGUGUUCUUCUUAGUAUCACAAACGAGCUAGCAAGAUGUCAAUAAGAAGAAUCUACCGAUGUCUGAACUCUUUAAUCAAAAGAUCAUGUGCUCAAUCUUUAUGAUCACACGUCCCGUUUCACACUUUGUUCAACUCUCAGGUUUUCAUUUUUUUUUCUCUUUGUUCUCUGUUUCACUUGAGAACAACCCCAUCAAGAAUCAAGAAUGGUGCGGACACCGUGUUGCAAAGCUGAACUAGGCUUAAAGAAAGGAGCAUGGACUCCCGAGGAAGAUCAGAAGCUUGUCUCCUACGUCAACCGUCACGGUGAAGGUGGAUGGCGAACUCUCCCCGAAAAAGCUGGACUCAAAAGAUGUGGCAAAAGCUGCAGACUGAGAUGGGCUAAUUAUCUACGACCUGACAUCAAAAGAGGAGAGUUCACUGAAGAUGAAGAAUGUUCUAUCAUCUCUCUUCAUGCCCUUCAUGGCAACAAAUGGGCUGCAAUAGCUCGUGGAUUACCGGGAAGAACCGAUAACGAAAUCAAGAACCACUGGAACACUCAUAUCAAAAAACGUUUGAUAAAGAAAGGUGUCGAUCCGGUUACACACAAGAGCUUGAUUUCCGACAAAUCAGAAAACUUCCCAGAGAUUCCAGAGAAGCAAAACGUUAUUCAGACAAUUAUAACGAGUGAAGAUGAUCUUGAUAAUGAGAAGGUGAAGAAUAGCAACAAGAAGCCGGUAUUAUCAUCGGCUAAGUUCUUAAACAGAGUAGCUAAUAGGUUCGGAAAGAGAAUCAAUCAAAGCGUUCUGUCUGAGAUUAUCGGAAGUGGUGGCCCACUUACUACUACUACUACAAGUCACACUGCUACUACUACAAGUGUCACCGUUAACUCCGAAUCAGAUAAGUCAACUAGCUCUUCUUUCACACCAACCUCAGAUCUUCUAUGCCAGAUGACUGUUAACGGUAACGCUACAUCGUCUCCGUCCACAUUCUCUGAUGCAUCCGUUAAUGAUAGUUUAAUGUACUGUGAUAAUGAGGAUAAUCUCGGAUUCUCAAAUUUUCUGAACGAUGAAGAUUUCAUGAUGUUGGAAGAGUCUUGUGUUGACAACACUGAGUUUAUGAAAGAACUUUCGAGGUUUCUUGAGGAGGACGUGAACGACGACGUCGAGGUGAUGCAUGUCUAUGAGCAUCAAGACAAUAUCGAAGAUAUUGAUAACUAUUUUGCAUGAAUGAAUCUUACACGAUCAUUUCAAUAUGAUCAUGGUUAUGUCAUGUCGAUGGAUAUGUUAGGCUGGUGAUUAUGAUAAUAAUGAAUAAUGAUAAUGACGAUGCUGAACCAUGCAUGUAGCUUGUAUUGACAUAUGAGUGUUUUUAAUUGUUUUUACUCUUUUGUAUGUUUACGCUCAAGUGUGUUUCAUAUGAAGUGAAUAAAUUUAUGGUAAUGUAAUAAUAAGUUUAACGA